ACAGCAUAUCAAUAGCUGGGACGGAGAUCAGCUCUUACAUAAUUGUGCUCGAGUUUAGACCGCCUCAGGCUGUCAGAGUUUGAAACUGCACGAUGCAGCGUUUUAAUCAGUGAGUUUUGUUCAUUUUUAUCAUGCUUGAUCUUUGACCUGCAGCUCAGCUUACUAAGUAUGCAGUAAGAGUACAGCGUGAAGCGCGCCUCCUCAGAUGGCGUUUUUCUCAGUGGGCUGCAUUUGAGCAGCGUUACAGCACUAGAUCAGCAGCGAUGGCAAAGGCAGAGUACUCAGAAACCUCAGAGCCCAACCAGAUCGGACCGGAUUCAGAGUCCGAUUCGGAUCCGGAUGACCACUUGCCCAGUGUGGACGCCGGAGCGGGAUUCGGAUCGGUCCGGCGGACUCAGGUGAUCCACAGCGGGCACUUCAUGGUGUCCUCGCCGCACAGCGACUCGGUCAGGAGGAGAAGCGCGGCUCUUUAUAAUGCUGAUAGUUAUGACUUUGACACCGUUAAUAAACCGGACUGCCAGACCUACAGUUUCGGUCCGUUGAGCUCCAGACAGCUGAGCAUUGACCCCACUCUCACGCGCCUGUUUGAAUGCAUGACACUGGCGUACAGUGGAAAGAUUGUGUCUCCAAAGUGGAAGUCUUUCAAAGGCUUGAGGUUGUUGUGGAGGGAUAAAAUCCGGCUGAAUAAUGGCAUUUGGAGGGCCUGGUUCAUUCAGUAUGUGGAGAAAAGGAAGAACCCCGUGUGUGGGUUUGUCACGCCGCUGGAGGGCUCGGAGGCGGAUGCCCAUGGCAAACCUGAGGCGAUUGUUUUGGAGGGAAGCUACUGGAAGAGACGGAUAGAGGUGGUGAUUAAGGAAUAUCACAAAUGGAGGAUUUACUAUAAGAAAAGACUUCAGAAGAACAAAGACCUGCUGUCCAUGCUACAGAAGUGUCCUAUCAGCAGGACGGGGCUGGAGAAAUGGACCAGUCAGAUCUAUCCAGAGCCUGAGGCGGCAUCAGAGGAAGUGCACAUGUUUGACUUAGAUUGCUUCCUGUCUGACAUCUCGGACACGCUGUUCACCAUGACCCAGAAACCCAGUCCCUGGAGUGGAGACCGCCAAAACACGUACACCAGUAAUGCAGACAUGAUCCAGCCCGGCUUGACUCCAUUACAGCCCAGCUUGGAUGACCUGAUGGACAUACCGGACAUUUUCAUGAGUUUCCGCGGACAGCCGACGGAGCAUGUGGGUUAUUCAGACUGCAGCUUCUUUGAGAGUUUGUCUAGCGCGUCGUUUCCUUCAGCUGCUUCCUCUGCCGUCACCAGUCAGAUGAUACACACAGGAGCUCUGCUGACACAGCCUCCUCUCUCAGCUGAAAGUUUAUCCCAGCCGUCCUCAUCUGUAAACCUACCUGGUCCCAGUUAUCCUCGCCAGACCAUCGACCCCAACUUAACCUUCAACCCCAGUGGUGAAACGUCAGAGCCCAAGUUCAAAAGUCACUCAGAAUACAUCAGUGACUUCCAUCACUCUCUGAACCUCUCGUCUGGCCUGGUCCCGUACGGUCCGCAGACGUCCUUCUGCGGUCAUGCCACUGACAUGCCGGGCGUCAUGGCACAGCAAAGCCCUUACCCAUCAGCCUGCCUCCGACACAGAUAUUCAUCCAGCCAGUCACGGACCUGCGCUGCUGCCACGUCCACGGUCAUCACCCACACAGGCUCUGCCAUGAGCGCCCUGCCGCUGGACGCCCAGCACGGAUACUCCAGCAUGGCCGAGAUGUUUCCUCCUGCCACCUGCAUGUCUUUGAGCUACCAGCCCAUGACGCUGACCCCGUCUCUGCCUUCGCCCGGCACCUCUCACUGCUUCUCUGUGCCGCAGCAGGUGGGCGGGGGGAAGCACAAACAAAAGACAGGAGGAGCCCAAUUGGUUCCCAGGGUGAUGACUUCAUCUACAAGCCCGCCCACUCAGACGAGCUGCCUGGCCAACCUGCUCUCUUCCAGAUCUCAAGAGCGAAAACCAUCAUUGAGUUUUGACGCUCCUUCAGCAGGGUUAAAAGGCCACAGACCAACGUCACCCAUCUCUCCGCCAAAGAGCAGCAGUCGAGGAGGAUCGCAGAUUUCCCGCAAUCCCCCCUGGGCCUCCACUGCAGUCCCACCACUGUCACCGUUACACUGUCAGGCGCCCAUGUCAACCCACAGCCACAGCGGCACCCCGCAGGGAAGCACCAUUUCCUCUCUGCUCACGCAACAAACACCGCUUCUCAUCCCCAAAACAGAAAAACUCUCCCCGGUACAAAUGCACACAAGUGACAGGACCAGUUUAACAGUCAGUUUUUCAGGAAACAUGGGGCAGACGUCACCUACGAAUCCAGCAGAGAAAAGCCCAGAGUCGUUACCUGGACAUGCCAAGAUGGAUUCCACAAGAACAGAUACACGGCGGAUCACACACAUUUCAGCCGAGCAGAAGAGACGGUUCAACAUCAAGCUUGGCUUUGACACGUUACACAGUCUGGUGACGACUCUCAGCUCACAGCCGAGUAUAAAGAUCAGUAAGGCCACGACGCUGCAGAAGACGGCGGAGUACAUCAGUAAGAUGCAGCAGGAGAGAGCUCAGCUCCACGAGGAGGCCCAGAGACUCCGAGACGAGAUCCUCAUGCUCAACUCUGCCAUCAAUGCGUGUCAGCAGCAGCUUCCGGCUACAGGCGUCCCAAUAACACGACAGCGCUUCGACCACAUGAGGGAGAAGUUCAGAGAGUACGUGAGAGCUCAGACGCUGCAGAACUGGAAGUUCUGGAUCUUCAGCAUCAUCAUCGAGCCGCUGUUCGAGUCGUUUAACGGGAUGGUGUCCACAGCCAGUGUUGAUGAUCUGUGUCGCAGCACUCUGUCCUGGCUGGACCAGCACUGCUCUCUGCCCGCGCUCAGACCCAUAUUUUUUUAUUUUCUAGCCUUUUGCAAAAGCAGUAAGCCUUGAGAGGACAAUUUCACCACAAUUUCACCAUGAUUUUACCACAGUUAAGGGGUAUUUUUAAGCAAGAUGCAAAACGGAAUCAUGAUCAACUUACUAUAUUAUUGCAUUAAUUAUACUUUAAUAUUAUAUAAAUAAAUAUAAUAAUUAAAUGGAAUAUAACAUUUACAAUAUAAAAU